ACAGAAAGUGUGAGAGAAGAAUAUUGCUGUAUUAUUAUAUUUACGUUUAAUUUUUUUCUAAAUAUUAAUUGCUAUUUAAUAAGAAUAAAACAAAAAAAUGUCAGGAUCUGAAGUGAUUGAAGUUUCCAGCGAAAAUCCUGUAAAGCCAGAAGACCUAAAAACUAUACAACUACUUGCGAAAGGUGUGAUGGAGAUAUAUGAACCGCCUUUGGCUACUUUAAAUACUCAUCUAAAAGAGUUGACUGAGAAACAAGAAGCAGUACACAAUAUGCUUUCAUCAGAGAGGCGCCGACUUGAAGAUUUACAAAAUGAUGCUAUGUUAGAUGCACUUUUGGCAGAUAUAGCUACAAAUAAAGAAAAGUUGACAUCAAUAACAAACUCCAUGAUAACAUUACAUAAAAGAGUACAAUCAUUACAGGUACGAGCAGCGAAUGUUGAAAAAGUUGCAAAGAGUAAAAGCCAGUCUAAGCCAACAAGUUAGCUAAAACUUGUCUCAGUGCUUAUGAUAUACUGAUAUCGCCUUUGAAAAAUAGGUUUAAACCCUACAUAAUGUUAUGGCAAUUAAAGAGUCUAUUGUGUAAGGAGGGAUCGCAUGAUCUUUCUUGGCCGGACUAAAGUUGUCCGUAAGACUACAAGGUGAAGUUCAAUUCUAGAAGGUAUUCACGCCUGUACGAUGUACAUUUACAAUCAUCAUCAUCAAUCCAUUUAUGGCCCACUACAGGGCAUGAUUGCCUCCCAGAAUCAGAAGGGUUUGGCCAUAGUACACCACGCUCGUUAAGUGUGGAUUGGUGGACUUCACACACUAUAGAGAACAUUAUAGACAACUCUCAGGCAUGAAGAUUUCCUCACCUUGUUGUCCUUUGUUAAAGCGAAUGAUAUUUAAUGUGCAUGUACAAAACCACCAUUGAAUUUGUAAAAACGAUAUCAGCUCUGACAUUAUUUACUUCAGUCCAGUCAAGUUAGAAUAUGCGUUCUGUACUUUAAAUGUUGACUAACUAAAAAUUUUACUGUAUGUAGUCAAGUAAUAAAUUGGCAUUACGUACACUUAUUUUGAAAUAGUGCUGUCCUUUUCGACAUAUUCUUUGUAAAAAAGGAAAGCACUGUUUUUAAAUCAAUCAAUUUGGUUUCCCUCUUUUCUUCGUUCUUGGGACAACGGUUAUGCAGGACUCAGAGUACGAACGUAGCCUUCGGUCAUCUAUAACGAUCGUCAGUAUUUAUAGUUCCGGUUUCCACCAGGAAACUUGACUGAGAGUUGAUUUGGUUAAUUAUCCGCCAGAUGUGAUUUAUUUCUCUUGAUGCUUUUUUAUGGUUAUGAAUUUUUUUAAGGAAUUUUUGUAAGUGACAAAUAACAUGUACCGGUGUUGCCACCACCUCUUGACAUAAUCUGCAUAUAUAACUAUCACGCAGCUUUUGAUUCUACAAGAGUUGUUUUUUAAAUUCCCUUGACUGCAAUAACACCUGGUGGUGAUGAUGCAGUCUAACGGUAACGGGCUAACCUGUUAGGAAGUAUGGUAGUCUUACCCCUAAUUGGUUUCUACGCGACAUCGCACCGGAACAGUAAAUCGCUUACUGGCACGUCUUUGCCAUAAAGGUGGUAACAACAGCAAAAACCAGACCAGAGCAGACAAAAUUCAGAAAUUAUAAAUUCCCGAGUUGUAAAUGUGUGUAGUUAUUCCACUGUCGCAUCAGAGACUGUACUUAAGUUACAGACAGUCCCUACUUAGCAUUAUUGCCUCCGAGGCAGCCCUUUCACGGAGGUCGCCUAAAAACACUUCAACUGAGAGCAUCUUUCAAAUGUCAGAGUAUGACAGACCACUGAAUAACUAAAUCGACGCAAUUCCACAUUUAUAUUUAAUGCUCUUAUCGUCCGGAUCUCCAGAUUUGUAAAGGUCGAAGGAAAAUUGCAAUAAAACAGCUGCAUACAAUUGCGCGAAUCAUUUAAUAUCUAAGUACAAUAUUAUUUUAAAUUAAAGUAAAACACUUAUACUAUGCAUUCCAUAAAUUACAUUUAUAAAGUUAAUCUAAAAAAUAUAUAUUGUCGAUUAAGUUUGAACGUUUAAGUUAUAAUAUAGUAUAUAAACUAAGUUUAUAUGGUUAGUAUUCUAGCGAAUGAGCCUAAGCAAAUUAAUAAAUUUGCUCCAAGGUUCAUUCGCUUUAAUACACGUUAAUAAAUCCUGAAAAACUACUUAUGGAAGUUUUGAAUAUUAGACCACCUUAUUUUAAUUACCUUUUGACUAACGAAAGUGAUUUUAUCGAAAAAUAAUUAAGAUUUCGCGCGUUCAACUUAGUUUUAUCUUUUUACUUUAACAUCAUUGGUCUUAAGUUAUUAUAAAAGUAAUAACUAGAGAUCGGAUAUUCCUAUGCAUAUUUGUCCAGAAAAUUUUCGGCUAUGAAAUUAUGGAGACGGUUUCAUUGCAGAUCAGAAUAGAUCCUUUUUUUCAGCAAAAUCGGAAA